GGGCCGGGCAACCUCAAACCCGAGCCAUCGGGGCCAGGACACCCAGUCAGCCCGCACUUAACUCUUGCUGUCUUCUGCAGCCUGCACCAUGGGGCUCAGCGACGGGGAAUGGCAGUUGGUGCUGAACGUCUGGAAAAAGGUGGAGGCUGACAUCCCAGGCCACGGGCAGGAAGUCCUCAUCAGGCUCUUUAAGAAUCACCCUGAGACUCUGGAGAAGUUUGACAAGUUCAAGCACUUGAAGUCAGAGGACGAGAUGAGGGCCUCCGAGGACGUGAAGAAGCAUGGCAACACCGUGCUCACUGCCCUGGGGGGCAUCCUCAAAAAGAAGGGGCAUCAUGAGGCAGAGAUCAAGCCCCUGGCCCAGUCACAUGCCACCAAGCACAAGGUCCCUGUCAAGUACCUGGAGUUCAUCUCGGGAGCCAUCAUCGACGUUCUGAAGAGCAAGCAUCCGGGGGACUUCGGCCCCGAUGCCCAGGGAGCCAUGGGCAAGGCCCUGGAGAUGUUCCGGAAUGACAUUGCUGCCAAGUACAAGGAGCUGGGGUUCCAGGGCUAAGCCCCUGCCACCCCACCCUCACCCAGCUGGGUCCCUGGACCCAGUGGAGGGUGGGGACCAAAUCCCAUGUAGUCCUGUAGAGUUUGUUUUUGAGGGUCUGCUUUGUCUAUGAGAGGUGGGCAGGAAAGGCGGAGGGGCAGGGAGUGGGGUGCUCAAGUUGGCUUCACACCUAGUGAUGGGGUCCCCAUGCAAUGACAACCCCCUCUGAACUGGGAGACGCAUGGCCCUUUGCUCACUGUGGCCUGCAGAGUUUGGAUCCCACUUAAUUUCCCUCUCCCCUAUAUCCCGACCCAAUUCCCUCCAACCUCCAAACUGACCUAUACCUUCACCCUCACCUUUAACCCCAAACCCAAACCAUCAACUAGGCCUGGCCAUAAUAAUUAUCUAAUCCAUCACUAUCCCUUGAGGUCACCAUAUGUCCCUUUGCAAUGAAGAGGAGGUCUGGGGAGGGUGGGUCAGCCACGUCAUGCCUGAGCGAAGCAGUCAGGUGUGUGCAGCACGCAAGUACGGUGGGGGGGCAGCUCACCUGUUGCUAAUAAAAGGCCCUGUGGUA